AAACACAGUUAUUGGUUUAGGCGAGGGUUUUGAAGAAGAUGGGGAAGCCGAAGAAAGAAUUGUUAGCAUCGGCGCCAUGGCGCGCCGGAGGAGACGAUCAACGAGAUAAAUUCAAAGACGCGAAGCUCAAAGUCACCGCCCAGCCAGGAAGCACCCCUACUAUGCACGUUCCAGGCAAGAGGAAGCCCAAAGAUGUUGCUGCCGAUGAAGACGAUUCUCUCGAAAUCGACCCUGAACUCCGUUACAGCUUCCAACGCAAUUUUCAGUUCUUGCAACGGGUCUUCAGCAUUGAUACUCUUGUGAAACCACUACCUUAUUCAAUGCAAUACAAUGUUUCUCGCAACUUGAGCUUCUUCACACGCAUCUUCACACAGUUCUAUGAUCCUCAAGGUAUUGCAAAUGCUCAGAAGGCUCUUGGAAUAGGACAAGAAGACAAAGUCCGUAAUUCACCUGCUACAGAACGACAACGAGACCUGAAGCUGCUACAGUUUAUUUCAAGUCUCCAUGGGCAAUUGCAACAAAAUCAGGUGAAUAAACUUACUGGUUUUAAUUCGUUUAGUGAUGAUAGAGAGGAAGAAAUGGUUGUGGAAGGCGAUGAGACCGUCGAUCUGACUCCAGACAGUUCCGAUUCUAUGAAAUUUAGGAGAGUUGAUAGCGGUGGCGCUAGCGGUAGAGCUGGAGAGGAAGAUGACUCCGCUUUGCGAGCCGAUGAUUCUUCCACAAAGUCAUUAAAAAGGAUUCGUUUGGUUUGGACGCCUCAACUGCACAGUGAUAACAACGCCACCACUUGUACUAGGUUUAGGACCUAA